AUGCUUCUUCAAUCCACCUCGAACUUUGUUCAGCAAAAUUCCAUCUUGGUUCUUUCUGCUUCGAUUAUAGUCUUAUUGAUCUCGCGAGCUUAUUAUGAAAUUUUCAUCCACCCCCUCGCCAAAUACCCAGGUCCAAAGCUUGCUGCCGCAUCCCGCAUACCCCAACUCUACCACACCUUCAAGGGCGACCUCCUCGAAUGGAUCACUGCUCUUCACACCGAACACGGCGAUAUAGUCCGCAUCGCACCAGAUGAACUAAGCUGCAUAAACGCGGACGCCUGGAAGGGAAUCUACGGCCACGCAGCAGCCGGAAAAAAGGUCACCGAGAAAGACGCGAGAUUCUACGGGCCAUCAUUCAACGGGGCACCAGAUAUCAUUCGCGCCAAAGGACCCGACCACUCGCGUUUCCGGCGCAACUUCUCGCAUGCGUUCUCGGACCGUGCGCUUCGCGAACAACAGUCCCUGAUCUGCGGCUAUGUGGAUAUGUUGGUUGACAGCCUCGACAAGACCAUCAAGAAGGAUCCCAAAGCCAAGAUUAAUAUUGUCCGCAUGUUGAAUCUGACAACUUUCGAUAUCAUGGGCGAUCUGACUUUCGGUGACUCACUGGAAUUGUUGUCUGGAGCUGGUGACGUGGGCUGGGUCUCUGCUGUGUUCACCGCUAUGAAAACGAAUGCUUUGCGACGAUUGGCGCGAUACUGGCCCUGGACUGCGCGCGUUGUGCAAAGACUGCUUCCGAAGGAUAUGAAGAAACAAAGUAUCAAGCACUAUGGAGCUUCGCAGGCUCGUGUUGAUAAGCGGAUUGACGGGGCUCAUGCUGUGCAGAGACCUGAUAUCUGGGGGAUUGUGAUGAACCAGAAAGAGGAUCUGCGUCUUAGCCGGGAGGAGAUGUAUGCUAAUUCCCAGAUCUUCAUGGUUGCGGGUACGGAGACUACUGCCACCGCAUUGAGUGGGUUGCUUUAUCAGCUCUUGAUGAACCCUGCGAAGAUGGAGAAGAUCAUGCAAGAGAUUCAGGAGACGUUUGAGAAAGACUCGGAUAUUGAGAUGAGAGCACUGGAACAUAUGACUUAUCUCAAUGCAUGCAUUGAGGAGGGUUUGCGUGUAUAUCCUCCGGUUCCUGUUGGCUUGCCUCGUAUCGUUCCUGAGGGGGGCUUGGUCGUUUGCGGAGAUAGAAUCCCUGAAAAGACCGCGGUUUCUGUGAAUCAAUGGGCUACCUUCCGCAGCCCCAAGAAUUUCCAGCGCGCUGAUGAAUUCAUCCCCGAGCGAUGGAUUGGUGACGAAUUUGCCAGUGAUAACAAGGCUGCAUUCCAACCAUUCUCAUUUGGCCCUCGCAACUGUCUUGGAAAGAACCUGGCGUAUCAUGAGAUGCGACUCAUUCUAGCGAAGGUUCUAUUGAACUUCGAAUGCACCCUUCUUCCUGAGUCUAUCGGCUGGGAAAAGCAGAAAACAUUUUUGCUCUGGGAAAAGCACGACUUGAUGAUUCAACUGAAGAGAAGGGUGUAA